AUGAAAGGAGCGGACAAAGCGAUUGUGGCAAAGUCCUUUGGAAAAUGGAAAAGCAGCUCUCUAAGGUCCAGGACCAUGGAGAAGCCGGAUGAGCCGUCCGAGGAGAGUAAGGAGGAGAGCCUAUCCAACUGCACCUGUGAAGCCCCCCAACUCGGCAAGAAACCAGUUGAUAAUGAAUUACACGAUCACCUCCUGAGAGAUAAGAAGUGUGAAAGCAUCAACCAGGGUGGACAGUGUGGAUCUGGCAUCUUAUCCUACAGAGCGCUCGGAAAACUACAGUCAAAGAUGGAUUCUGAAGGUGAGGAGCAAACCCUGAAACCAUGUAACAGUAGCACAGGGCUGGCCGACUGCAUCACUGAGACGCACAGCCCAUAUGGGUCCAUGGCGAGGAAGAGGAGUGCUCAGGAAGGGGUGCAGGGCGCCCCCGUCAACAAGAGAAAGUCCCUGCUGAUGAAGCCCCGCCACUACAGCCCCAGCGAGGCAUGUGAAGAGGAGAGCGAGGACCUGGCACCGCCACAGGACAAAGAAGAGCUGAGGAACAUUGACACUCCAGCAGAUUCCCCACGGACAGAUAAAAAGGAUAUAAAGUGUCCCACCCCUGGCUGUGAUGGCACUGGUCAUGUGACCGGCUUGUACCCACAUCACAGGAGUUUGUCUGGGUGUCCUCAUAAAGUCCGAGUUCCUCCUGAGAUCCUGGCCAUGCAUGAGAACGUCCUCAAGUGCCCUACACCCGGGUGCACAGGAAGAGGCCAUGUCAACAGUAACCGUAGCACCCACCGGAGUCUCUCAGGCUGCCCCAUCGCUGCUGCAGUGAAAGUCUCCAAACCUCAGGACGACAGCCUGAAAUGCAGACAAACACCUGACCGCUCACCGAGAGCCAUCGGCUUGAUAAAAAAGUUCGAGCUGAACCAGCUGAACUACAGGCUCUCUCAUCCAGUAGCAGCCUUGCAAACAAGCCUCACAAAAGACAUGGACAAGUACAGCAGAAUCCGCUUUGAUUACGCCAGCUUUGAUGCACAGGUCUUCGGCAAACAGCCUCUGAUGGGGACCAACCAUGACCAGGAAAUGUCACAUUUCCCCGAUUCACCUCAGCAGUAUCCUGGCUUCCUUGGUGCUCCAGGUGGCCGCCUGCCCACCCCUGGUCAGCACAGCCCGCCGAGUCAAUUCAAAAAAGAGGAUGGUCUCCAAGCCUCAGCAGCGACCGCCGCCAUCCUUAACCUCUCCACUCGCUACCGGAAGAACAUGGAGGCUGUCGCCGGCCGGCCCUUGGCAACCUCCACAAAGGACAUGCUUAUAGAAGUGGAUGAAAAUGGCACCUUGGACUUGAGCAUGAAGAAAUGUAAGGAAAAUGUGAAAGCCCAGACGAAGGCACCUUCAGACGACCCGCUGUCUCCUCUCGAGUCCACUGUGGCCAAAGGCGGGAGCGUGCUCAUCAGCCCCGCCUUCUACCAGCCGCUGUGUGAGAGAGACAGCUGGGAGAGCCCCAUCCCUGUCAACUUCAGCAAAGCACAUGUUUUACAGGACAAAGAGGAGGAUUACGAUCAGGUCUCCUUGGAGGACCAGCACUAUCAAGGAGACGGCAGCAUGAUAAGCCCCAAAACCAAGCUGCUAUUACGAGAUUCAAAGAAAGAGCUUUUGAGCUGUCCGACCCCAGGCUGUGACGGCAGUGGCCAUGUGACGGGGAAUUAUGCAUCACAUCGGAGUGUGUCUGGAUGUCCCCUGGCUGACAAAACACUCAAAUCACUGAUGGCAGCCAACUCUCAGGAACUAAAGUGCCCAACACCUGGUUGUGAUGGAUCUGGACACGUGACUGGGAACUAUGCUUCGCACAGAAGCUUGUCAGGAUGUCCACGUGCCAGAAAGGGAGGUUUGAAGCUCACACCAAACAAGGAUGACAAAGAUGAGCAAGAGCUUAAGUGUCCAGUCAUUGGAUGUGAUGGACAGGGCCAUAUAUCGGGAAAAUACACAUCCCAUCGCAGUGCAGGCAGUUGUCCACUUGCUGCCAAAAGACAGAAGGAGUCGUCCAUCAAUGGGCUGCCCUUUGCUUGGAAGGCCAAUAAACAGGAACUACCCCAUUGUCCCUUGCCUGGCUGCAAUGGCCUCGGACAUGCCAAUAAUGUGUUUGCCACUCACAGAAGCUUGUCGGGUUGCCCACUGAACGCACAGAGCAUCAAGAAAAAACACUCCGAGGAAGAGAUGAUGACUAUCAAAUUGAAGGCCAGCAGUGGUGUUGAAAACAAAGAAGAUAUUCAACAUUUGGAUCAUGAAAUAAAAGAAUUGAAUGAAUCCAACAUGAAGAUAGAAGCAGACAUGAUGCAACUCCAAACCCAGAUCUCCUCUAUGGAAUGUAACCUGAAGACAAUUGAAGAGGAGAACAAGAUGAUCGAACAGCACAACGACAGCCUUCUGAAGGAGCUCGCUUGCCUUAGCCAAGCUCUCAUUAACAGUCUAACAGACAUUCAGCUGCCUCAAAUGGGACCCAUCAGUGAGCAUAAUUUUGAAGCCUAUGUGAACACAUUAACUGAUAUGUACAACAACUCGGAGCAUGAAUACUCUCCAGAGUGCAAGGCCCUCUUGGAUAAUAUCAAACAGGCUAUUAAGGGCAUCCAUGUUUAAGCUGUAGAGCUACCAAGAGGUUUCUUUGACUUCGGAUAAU